UGGCAUCAGACUCAUGUGGCAGAUCCAGAUGCAGAGACUCAAGAGCCUUCUUGCUAUGAAGUGUUUGGACAAAAAUUAGACUACGAAAGUGAACCCGAAUACAUUGAAUUGAAAUUAUCAGUCCCUGGUACUACUUUGUUUACAUUCACUGAGCCAAAUAUCUCUACCCAAGAACUUGGACUGGCACAUGAACUGGUGCUCUCAGAAGAACCAACAGAGAUUAAGGUCUGUUUGAAAUCAUUUCAGUGUUGGAUUUGUCGUCACUUUGGAGAAAGUUUGUACCCAGAAGUGAAGAUAAACAGUUUUGCUGUAAACGAUCCGUCUGAUACUUCCGAUGAUAAAGCAGUAAAGAUGAAUAGUAACAACGGUCAUAUGUUUGAAAAUCCUACAACAGAGUUCAGCUUCUGUCUUUAUGAUAAUGGACAGUCGGAGAAGAAUUGUACAUCUGGCCUUUUUUCUUCACUUCCGUUGCAGAGUAGACAGACACUUUGGACUAGAAUUUUCGGUGCACAAUUUCAAAAUAUAACAGCCAACGACACAACUACAUCUACUGAAAAUCUACUGGGAGAAAGGAUUGCCUUUUUCAUCAUAUUAUGUGUGGUCUUAAUAUUAGUAACGGCCGCUAUCUUCAUCAUAACAUUAGGUUUCCGUCUUAAACAUUGGAGAAAGAAGUGGACUAGAGACAAUAUGGUCACUAUACCAAACGCAGAUGAAGAUUUAGAAAACCUGGGUCUUUUGAGGUUGGACACAGAGAGUAAACUUUCAUGCAAUUCUGGUGAAACAUCAUCUACUGGAUAUGCCAGUGAUAUGUAUGAUGAUACACGUUCGAAUGUAGAAAGUGAAAUGUUCAGCCCAAAGAAGGAUGGAUUCUUGACGAAAUGUUUACCAGAUGAAGAUUUACUUGUCGCAGAUAUGAACAACUUAAAGAAGAAAUAUAAGUCUGAUGCUGAAAUAGAAAACCCGAGUCGUUUACAGUUGGAAACUGAGCGUAAACUUUCCUACAGCGAAAAGUCCAGUUUAGAGAAAGAUUUAAACUCGGCAAAACGUUUACCAGCUGAAGAAUCUGUAGUGCUCAAGCAGAAGAUUGCCAUAGACUGUGAAAAGGAUGUUGUUGAAACAAGUGCAGUAAAUCUCGAGUCAGUUAAAGUUACCACAGUCAAACUGAACGAAACAAAGAGUUAUAAUGUCGAAAAGAUGAAUGUAAUAGUUCUGCAAUCUCCAAACAAGAUGCCCGGCCAAGAAGACAGCCCCGAUCACACAGAUGAUCCACUUCCUGUGCAAGUCAGUACAGCAAACAAUUCGCAUUUGGACUUGAUGCGACUCCACUGGAGCAAAAUAUUUUCGUUUCUUAUGAAACAAAUAUUUCCUUCGGAAUACCGCAGGUUUUUUAGUAUUUUAUUAGAAAACGCAGGUUGCCGUAAUGCAGGCUGGGUCAUUGAGUCUGUAGCGUGUGACACAACGGGGAAAAUUGAUAAUACAGUGUUUACACUGUUGCAGCGCUGGAAAGAUGGAGCUUGGCCGAAUGCAAAACCGAAAGAUAUAGAAGAUGUAUUUGAAACUCUGGAAUGGAAUGCCCAACUAAACAACUUUAGAGAAUAUAUGAGAAAUCCGCCAUACUCGCCAGAAGGAGCCAACUGGAAUGAACAUUGUUGCCAGUGCAUUUCUUCGGAAGACACGAUUGGAGAUAAGCGUCAUUUAUGUAUGCACCAAAUUACAAUACCUCAGAUCCAGGGUGCUGAUGACGUAUAUGACAGACAAGCGCAAACUAAUGACAUCGGUAAUUUUUCUGUAGACAUUUCAGAACAUGUUUCAGUUGCUAAUAAAAAUGAAAUAGGUGUAUUUCGACACAAAAAGCUUACAUGCCACAGAAGUAUGGUACGAAGAAAUAGUGAUGAUAGUAACGGUGUACGUUGUACGAGCGAAACAGUAGAGUGUCGUUCAGUAAAUAUGAAAGAAUGUAUCAAACUGUGCCGUCACAAACGCUGCAGAAAUAUAUGCGAGGUUGUAUCUAAAAAGGGCAAGGAUGCUUCUUUUGAUACAAAAGUAUCAUUUCUAACUAAUAAAAGUUGCAUGCCGUCGCUGCUGCCAUCAUUAUCAUCAUUUCCAACAACAGAAACAUCAACAACAGGAAACGUUUCUUCACCAUCACAAUCGAGUUCCGGCUAUGGAUCGAUGUCUUCAAAUAUUGUAGAACAGGAAGUAUCAACUAAUAUCUGGAAUGGAGGGAUUUCUGAAGACACGUUUUCACAAUAUGAAGACAAGACAGGACUGUCAAGUAAUUCAAACAGUUAUUCUGAGACUAGUGAGAGUCAACAGGACACUCCAACAUUAGAUCCUUGUCAAACGGAAAUGGAAAAUCUAACUGAAAAUCAAAACGAAAACCCAUGCCGAUGUACUUUCAAUUCCUGGCAUGUGUCUUCAGCGGUGGAAUGUCCUUUAUUUACCUCCAACACGGUCGUGGGACCAAGGAAUCGGAAACAAAAUAGAAAUGAUAACAAGAAACACGCUUUAGGAAUGAAAAAGAAAAUGGUGUCAAAGAAAAGGCCAAAGUCUUACAGACGGAAGAGCACAUCCCGCAUGAAUAGAAAAAUGUCUGGAGAAGAGGAUGCGAAAUCUGCUUAUCUUUCUAGCCUUACUGAUACAUUCAUUGAAGAUCUCCUUGCUAGAAUGAUACCAAGCAGAGAAGAUGUUCUAUCGCUCAAAUUCCAGUCUUACUCAGAUGGAAACUGUUUUGUUACAACUUGGAAUGAACGAAUCUUUUCAAUAUUGUCUGAAAAACUUUGUCUCUAUGUACGACAAAGAGAAUGGAAAACUAUGCAAAGAUACGUAAACAAAGUUAGGAAUGUUGUGAUGAAAAACAGCCGGAAACAGCAUGACCGGAAUAGAGAGUUCUUGUUUUUAAAUCACAAUGGUGAACCUUUGAUUUGAUACAUGUGGCAUAUGUGUGAACUAGUCUAUCAAAUGUUUUUGUUGUUUUUCUUUUUGUUGGAUUUAACGUCGCACCGACACAAUUAUAGGUCAUUUGGCGACUUUCCAGCUUUGAUGGUGGAGGAAGACCCCAGGCGCCGCUCCGUGCAUUAUUUCAUCACGGGCGGACACCUGAAUAGAACCACCAAAUUAGACUCGUACCCACAUUGAUGAGGGGCAAGUGUUUUGAAGUCAGCGACCUUAACCACUCGGCCACGGAAGCCCUCUCUAUAUAUUAUCUUAUGAUAUAGUGUAAUAUACAUUUCCAAGGCAAUAUGACCUACGAUAUUAGUAAUAUCUAGUCUUAUGUGAAUAGGCAUUGUGUAACAUGUUCCAAAAGCGUUUGAGGUGACCAUCAUCAUUUUGAAUAAAAAGGUAAAACUAA